AUGUCUCCUCUCCACUCCCUUGCUUGGGAACUCACCUGGUCUCCAUUAGCUCAUUCUGCAGGAUUUGUCCUCCAGCACUUCAAUCUGGAAGGCCUGAAAUGCAAGACUUUCCAUUUGGUCCCUUUCCACAUUUAUGUGGAAGCUCCCAGCAUGCAAGAUGUCCAACUCAGGCUUCCCCCUUUGCACACCAACCUUGUCUCACAGAUCAUGCCAGUACCAAUGGAAGAAAUGGAACCCUUUGUACAGCCAAGCAACAUACCUGUUCACUCUUGGGUUUGCUUGUUAACAAGUGGCCUCAAGAAUGAAAUUGCCUAUGUAAAGUGCAUCAAAGGCAACUUGGUGUACCUUCUUGUUAUUCCUUGGAAUUUGCCCUACAUCUCUGGUGGUGAGAACUCUGUGGCCUGCCAGGAGCUUUUUGACAUGGACCUGGCCCACCAACAUGGCCUGGAGGUAGGAGAUCAUGGCAAGAUUCAGGCUGGGGAGUUUGUCAACAAGGUAGCCUACACUGUGAUGGAUGUCCAAGGUGAAUCAGUGACUGUUCAUUUGGAUAAUCCUACUCUGGAAUUGCCUACAUCUCUGGAGAUUUCAAUUCAUGACUUCAAAUGCAAGUUUUGCAGUGGUGAUUCAGUAGACAUCAUUGCUGGCCCUCAUCAUGGUUUUGAGGGCAUGGUACUCAGUGUUGAUGUGAUUGAGGACAUGACUCUUUUGUGGGGAAACAGCAGACAACAGGCAAGUCAGGCAUCACACAGAGUGCUGCUGAGCUAUCCCAACCAAGACCCCCACAAUCAACUGCAACACCAUCCCCCAGUUGAAGAGCACUUCAUAGAGCCUGGGGACACACACAUCAAAAAGGCAUUCAAUGACAAAGAUGCCAAGGGGGACAAAGGCAAGUCCAAGGCUCAAGUACCAGAUGUUCCUGGUAAGGACAGUGACAGCAAUGGGGCUGACAAUGAGGAGGUGAUCAUUUUCUCAAAGGAGAAGGGGUGGGAUGUUUCUAAAGGCAACCUAAUACAAGUCAUAUGGGGUCCUGCUGCAGAUGUCAAAGGUGUUGUUCACAGUGUCAACCUGAUCACUGCAACCCUUACGCUGGAGUCUGAAGAUGGUCCAUGGAAUGACAUAUUGGAUGUGAAGUAUGGAUCAUCUUGGGUCCAAAUAAGGGAUACAGUGGGAUGCUGUGAUCAUGCCAUGACAUUCAAAAAUACUGCAGUCACCUCCAGAUUUGGCAUCUUGCUUGAUGGGACACCACUAGGUUCCUCAUGCUUGGCAGCAUUCAACCAUAUGCAACAGGGGUGUUUCAUAACUCAAUCUCAAUGUCACAGCACCGCUCUGCCUCCACUGCUGAGUGAAAAUCCCUCAGUGGAUCCAGGUCCAAGCAACCCCUGGGUCACCACUCCUGAUGAUGUCAAUCUGCAACAUCACAGUGAGCAGGAGCAACAAACCAUUGACUAUGGAUGCAUGUCCUGGCUCUUUGACAAUGACUUUUGUAACUUCAGCAAGUGGCAUGUCUGCUUGAGAGUUGGGCUUGCCUACAAUUGCAGGACCCUGGGCAAGCAGGUGGUUUGCACCACCAUUCCAGAUCAUUUCUUUUCAGAGAAGCAUGGUGUGGCACCUCCUGGGCAUGUGUUGGUUACCAUGACCUCAAGCAUGCAUGCUCCAAGGUGA